AUGGCUCCUCUUCCUUCCGCUGAGGCUGUGGCCGAGCUCAAGAGCAAGUACACUGCAGCUGGCCAGGACCAGGUUUUCACCUUCUACGACUCCCUCGCCGAUUCCGAGAAGGCCACUCUCUUCGAGCAGCUGUCCGGCUUCAAGCCCGACUACAUCAACGAAAUCACACAGCGUGCUCUCAACCCUCCCAAGGCCAGCGACACUCCUGACAAGCUUGAGCCUCUUCCCGAGUCUGCCACCGCCAGUAUCCUCGACUCCGAUGCCUCAGAUAUUGACCGCUGGUAUGCCUCCGGUCUUAAACUGGUUGGCCAGAACAAUGUUGCUGUUGUCCUGAUGGCUGGCGGCCAAGGCACUCGUCUUGGUAGCUCCGCCCCUAAGGGCUGCUUCGACAUUGGCCUGCCUUCGCAGAAGUCUCUCUUCCAGAUCCAAGCCGAGCGUAUCCGCAAGAUCCAGGAGCUCGCCGGCAACGCCACUGUUCCUUGGUAUGUCAUGACCAGUGGACCUACCCGUGGCCCUACUACCGCCUUCUUCGAGGAGAACAACUUCUUCGGCCUCGACAAGGCCAAUGUCCAGAUCUUCGAGCAGGGUGUUCUCCCUUGCAUUUCCAAUGACGGGAAGAUUCUCCUGGAAUCCAAGUCCAAGGUCGCUGUCGCCCCCGAUGGCAAUGGGGGUCUCUACAAUGGCCUCGUUGUCUCCGGUGUGAUCGAGGAUAUGCGUAAGCGUGGCAUUGAGCACAUCCACGCCUACUGUGUCGACAACUGCCUUGUCAAGGUUGCCGAUCCUGUAUUCAUUGGGUUCUCUGCCGAGAAGAAGGUCGACAUUGCCACCAAGGUUGUUCGCAAGCGUAACGCUACCGAGUCUGUCGGUCUCAUUCUCUCCAAGAACGGACGCCCCGACGUCGUCGAGUAUUCCGAGAUCGACUCUGAGACCGCCGAGGCCCUCGAUCCCAAGCAGCCUGAUGUUCUCAAGUUCCGUGCCGCCAACAUUGUCAACCAUUACUACUCCUUCAGCUUCCUCGACUCCAUCCCCCUGUGGGCUCACAAGCUCCCCCACCACGUUGCCCGCAAGAAGAUUCCCUACGCCGAUCUCUCUUCCGGCGAGACUGUCAAGCCCGAGAAGCCCAACGGCAUCAAGCUUGAGCAGUUCGUCUUCGACGUUUUCCCUCAGCUCGGCCUUGAGAAGUUUGCUUGUCUUGAGGUCCGCCGCGAGGACGAGUUCUCUCCCCUCAAGAACGGCCGUGGCACUAAGGAGGAUAACCCCGACACCAGCAAGGCCGAUAUUUUGAACCAGGGCAAGCGCUGGCUUCAAGCCGCCGGUGCUACCGUUGUCAACGACGGUGGUGUCGAGGUUUCGCCUCUGAUCAGCUAUGGUGGUGAGGGCCUGGAGAAACUUAAGGGCACCACAGUGGAAGCUACUGCUCUACUGGAGAAGCAGUAA